CCUCGAAGCUGUGAAGAAGUAUAAGUAAGUGAGAAGUUACGCGUGCAUUCUUGUGAUAUUCUUUUAAAAUCAAAGUGAAUAUUUGCUGAUUCUUCUAAUAUGGAUAGAAAAGGUUCGAGGAAAAGUCCUCAUCGUCCAGGCAAACCAAGAAAACGGAAGUUCAGCGGUAAUCAACAUACUUUGGAAGAAGAUUUAUCUUUUACUAGUGCAUCAGCUGCAAAGUUGAAGAGUUCAAAUGACGAUGAAAUUCUCAUUGACUAUAAUUUUGGUUAUUGUAUAUUGGAAUUCUGUUCGGUUUUUUCAUCUCUUGCACUAAUGAUAAUAUGUGCUACAUGUAAGCAAAAAAUGUCAUUUUCUCGGACAGCUGCACAAGGACUAGGAUUUAAAAUUGGAGUACAAUAUGGCUGCAAAGAUACACGUUAUAUUCAGUCAUGCCCAUUUGUAAAUAAAGCAUUUGAAAUAAAUCGUCGGAUCGUUACUGCUAUGAGGCUCAUCGGAGUUGGGAGAGAAGGUAUCAAUAUAUUCUUUAGUAUUAUGGAUAUUGGACACGGUUUAACUAUUGGUACAUACUAUAAUUGUCUUGAUAAUUUACAUUUGGCUGCGUCAACUAUUUAUAACUUGAUAAUUUCUAAAGCUGUGAAAAAAGAGAAUGAAUUAAUUACAGCCUCAGAUUCGAAUGCGGACCCUACACAUUUUACAGUUUCCGGCAAUGGAACGUGGAAGAAGAGAGGGUUCAAUUCACUUUUUGGAGUCACUACACUUGUAGGAAAAUACAGUAAGAAAGUUAUAGACACUGUCGUGAAGUCCAGUUUUUGCCAAGGGUGCAAUUAUUGGAAGAAUAAAAAAAAAGACGACAUCAGUGCUUAUGAAGACUGGUAUAACGAACACGAAGAUUCUUGCGCAAUAAAUCAUCAAGGAAGUGCUGGGAAUAUGGAAGUUGACGCAGUGGUGGAAAUGUUUAGAAGUAUAUCGGAGAUGGCGACUCAAAGACUUUUAAAGGUCCAAAAACGUAUGGGAUCACGUCUCCGGAAGGUAAAAAAAGAAAAUAGUGGAAUUGGUGGUAAGGGUGCUGGUAAAUUGACUGAUAAAGUAAUCACUCAGUUGUCUGCGUACUACGGAUUAGCUAUCCGUCGUCAUCCUGAAUCCGUUGAAGAUAUGAAACGAGAAAUAUGGGCCACGUACUUGCAUAAAAUUUUAACUGAUAAGAAGCCUCAGCACAUGAAUUGCCCUCCUGGACCAGACAGCUGGUGCAAGUGGCAGAAAGCAGCGGCAGAAGGAACUGAGGAUGACUUUCACCAUGAAAAUCCACCUCUAACUGAUAAGGUUUUAAUAGUUAUGAAACCUAUUUAUGAAUGCUUAUCAGAUGAUUCUUUAUUAGAACGUUGCUUGGGCAGCGAAACUCAAAAUAACAACGAGUCACUUAACUCUUUAAUAUGGACAUUUGCACCCAAACAUAUCCAUGCCGGGUCCCAGACAAUUGAGAUUGCUAAUUGUUUAGAAGUUUGCAUUUUCAAUGAAGGCUUUUAUCCUAUUUUACAAAUAAUGAGUCUAAUGGGAAUAAAAAUAGGUCUGGAAUCCCAUGGGUUUGCUGUUAGGCGCAACGCAGUAAGGAUUGAACGGUUUGAGGUUCGAGCUUCAGAUGCUUCAAAAGAGGAAAGAACUGCUCGUUAUACAGAGAGAAAUGCUGAAAACAGUCAAUAUGAAGUAGAGGAAGGCCCAAUGUACGAAGCUGGGAUGGCUGAUUAAGAGAAUAUGGAUACAAAGGGAGAAAUCCUUUUCACGAGGACACGGCCUUUUUUUUUUCUCUACUUCAAGGACUUAUAUCUUUUUGAAAAUUUAUUUUUUUUUUUUGAAAUGUAUUUUUUUGUAUUCUUGAAAUAUCAAUAAAC